GCGGCGGCGGCUUACUCGAGCUGCGGCUGUAAUACUGGGCUAUCCCCAGAGCCGACAGACCGACGACAGCGGUCUAACACUGUACGACAGCGCUGCGACGAGGCGCGCCGGACGCUCCGGCCUCCACGAGCCGAACACAGCGCAGCACGCCGAGGGGAAAAAGCGCACGCCGCCGCGACACGCGGCCAGCCGAGAAUCGCACAAAGCCAUGGCCCUCGAGUUAGAUGGAGAGGAGGCCACGACGCCGCCGCGGCCGCCCCCGCCACCCUCUGUAAGACCGCCGCCGCCCCCGUCGAAUGAGCAGGACGCGAUGCGCGCUUGGCUUAGAGUCCAGACCGACGCGAACGCUCCGGAUGGGGCCGGCCCGUGCCAGCGGUCGUUGCACGUCGCCGCGGUCUGGCGCGACCGCAUGCUCUGCUUCGGGGGAUACGAUGGCUCGCACCGAGUCAACGACUGCUGGGAAUUUGAUUUUGGUAAACGGGCCUGGUCGACGGUGCGGCCGUCGUCGGGCACGCCGCCGUCGCCGCGGGAUCGCCACGUGGCAGUUGUCUGGGGCGGGUCGUUUUAUGUGUUUGCCGGGUUUGACGGUACCUCUCGCGUCAACGACUUCCACGAGUUCGCCGUCGCGGAGCGAGCUUGGAGUCCCGUUAGAGCGUUGUCAGGACUGCCCCCAUCCCCGAGACACUCGCACGCGGCGGUCGUGCACCGAGAUUCGUUCUACGUGUUUGGAGGGUAUGAUGGGAGUUAUAGAUGCGACUUCCACGAGUUCAAUUUCGUGACGCGGGCCUGGGCGCCCAUUACUGGUGAGGGUCGAGUACCGAGAGCGCGUUAUAGAGCCACAUGCGUCGUCCACGACCAGGCCAUGUACUUGUUUGGCGGCCACGAUGGGACAAGGCACUUAAAUGAUGUGCACGUCUUCGACUUUUCAGCUAGAGCUUGGUCUGCCAUGCAAGCGGAUGGCCCUGCACCUAUUCCGAGAGAUUCGCACGUCGCGGUCGCGCACGGCGGGAGCAUGUUCGUUUUUGGCGGGUCUACCGGUAGCGCGAUGAACGACUUCCACGAAUUGAGACUCGAGGCGAAGUGCUGGGCGCCCGUGCAGGCUUCUGGGUACGCGCCGGGGCAUCGGUUCUGCCAUGUUGCUGUGACACACAAGGACUCGUUGUAUGUCUUCGGUGGGUAUGAUGGUUCCAAUAGACUGAACGACUUCCUGGAGUUUCGGUUUGGUUUCGGUGGCGCGGACAUUCCGGCUUCGUCGCUCGUGACUGACCUCAAACAACUGGUCAAUUCCGAGUUGUUGUCAGAUGUCACCUUCGUCGUCGAGGGCCAGGAGGUCCCGGCCCACAAGGUUCUGUGUUUGCGGUGCCCCUACUUCCGGGCUUUGCUCACUGGAGACAUGCGAGAGUCGCUGAUGGAUAGGAUCGCGAUAAAUGACGUGCGCAAGGACAUCUUCCUGCGGCUGCUCGAGUACCUGUACACGGAUGAUGUCGAGGUGGACUUAGAUAUGGCCAUGGAGCUUUUCCAGGCCGCAGACCAAUUUGGGGUGGAACGGCUCAAAAGAAUGUGCGAAUCCAGAAUGUUGGGAAGCAUCCACGUCGAGAACGCGGCCACCAUCUUCCACGCGGCGGACCAGCACGCGGCGGCUUCCUUGCGGGAGAAGUGUCUGGCCUUCGUGCUCGCGAACUUCGACGCGGUCACUAGGACUUCGGCCUUCGAGGAGAUGGGGCGGGUGAACGUGGACCUGGUCUUCGAGAUCCUCAAGGCGCGGAACGGCUAGGCCGCACUAGCUAGUAUACAAGACAUAGUUACUCACUGACAGUGACAACAUCGUCCUCGUCGGACGACUC